AUGCCGCCGCUCGCCGCCUCGCCGCUCCGCCUCCGGCCCUCGCCGACGCGCGCGUCCGUCGCCGCGCGCGGCGUCCGGCCUCGACCCGCGGCGCCGUCGUCGUCGUCGUCGUCGCGUCCGAUACGAAGAGCUUUUUCGACGACGGCGCGCGCGCGCGUCGUCGUCGCGCACUUCCGCUCCACGGGGAUGAUGCCGCCGCCGCCGCGCCCGUUGAACGACGCCGAGAACGGCGCCGACGGCCUCGAGCGGCGCGACGACCACCUCUGCGGCCCGCUGCUUCGCCCGUUCACGGUCCCGAGCGCGCCGUUCCGGCUCGCGCGAAGAGCGCUCCUCACCGCCACCGUCUUCGUCUUGUCUCUCGCGGUCGCCGUGCCUAUCGCCGCGACGGCGACGCCGUUCAUCACCGCGAACGUCGACCUGACGAUCUUCGCGGUUGAGUUCGCGAGGGCGUACCUCGUCGCGGUGCCCGUGCUCGUCGCCGCGCUGCUCGCGGGCUUGGGGAAGAAAGAAAGAGAAGAAGGAGAAGAAGCGACGAAGAAGAAGAAGAAGAAGAAGGCGCUGAGGCAGAUCGGGAAGGGAGGUUCAGGAAGGAAGGGUGGUUUCUCCUUCAGACGAAGACCGCCCCCGGUCAAAAAGAAGUCGUCGCCUUCGACGACGAAUCGUAAUCGUCGCGUCGCGCAGUCGAUGCGCGACGGCCAGCGCGCGUACGAGCUCAACCAAGGCCCCGGACGCAGUGCAUGCGACGCCGUCCCCGUCCGCGAUCUGUACGGGCGAACGAUACUGCAGGCGGCCGUCUUCGACACGGUUCGAGACGUGAAGAAAAAAAUCGCGGAAGAGAUCGGGGUCCCGCCGGGCCGCCAGCGCCUUCUUCUGUUCGCGCCCGGGUCCGCGGAACACCAUCAGCUGAGCAGCGCGAGCGCGACGUGCUUGGACGACCUCGACGCCGCGCUGACGGACUACGACGACGUGUGCGAGUGCGAGCUCGUGGUGUCGAAGCACUGA